AUGUCGGGUGGUAUCGAACCAUUCACCCUUAGAGAGGAGGAUGUGAUGAAAUUGUUGGCUUGUCAAACGCAUAUCGGGGCCACGAAUUGUGACUUUCAAAUGGAGCAAUAUGUUUGGAAGAGACGAGCUGAUGGGCCACACAUAAUUCAUGUAAAGAAGACAUGGGAAAAGCUGUUGUUGGCUGCGCGUGCCAUUGCAGCGAUUGAGAAUCCAGCAGAUGUUUGUGUUGUGUCUGCACGACCGUACGCUCAAAGAGCACUUCUGAAGUUCGCUGCACACACGGGUGCAACACCAAUCUUCGGCAGAUUCACACCGGGUUGUCUUACCAAUCAGAUCCAGAAAUCCUUCAAGGAACCACGUUUGUUGAUUGUGUCUGAUCCACGAGUUGAUCAUCAAGCCGUCACUGAAGCAUCCUAUGUUGGUGUGCCAGUGAUCAGUUUCUGUAACACCGAUUCACCACUCAAGUUCGUCGAUAUCGCUAUUCCAUGCAAUAACAAGUAUUGUUCAAUGUUUGAGAUUUCUUUGACUGUAGUUGUGGAUUUUCUGUUUGUUCGAUUGUCUUAG